GCGGUCUCAGCCAGUCAGACACACAAAAAGAAAAAAAGAAAGAAACGUUAAAACAACGCUCUUGUUGGGAACAACAUUACUUUUCCGGCAUUUACAAAACUUUGGAUUGAAAUAAGGUUUUAUUUUAUGUCAAGUAAACUUGCCUUUAGAGAAGACGAGAAGUUGGCUUCUGCUGAAAGUGAAAGUAUAAUUGGUACGCAUGUGGACACUAUCUUUAAACACAGCGACGGUCAGUUCUGCCCAGAAGAAUGGCAGGAAUGAUAUUAUAUGGAGGAGCCAUCCUGCUUCUCGACACGGUGCUCUGGUUGGCGCUGUGGGCUGGACUGGCCCUGUCACAGUGCAUCAGUUGUGGGGGCCUACCAGGAUUAUGUGCCUUUACUGCAAUGAAAUGGGCCCUUCUUCACUGGUUCACUUUCAUUUUGACCAACGGAAAGCCCCAGUGUGCCCUCAACAGGCUGGUGGCUCUCAUCUGCUUGCUGCCCCCUGUAUUUCAAAUUAGACAGAUGCUGAGGGAGCAUCCCUCAGGACCUUACAGCGGACCAUCCCCCGAACCCAGUAUGCUGAUCCUGGCCCUCGUAUCUUCAUUGGCUGCCUGUGUAUUUUGGGAAGGGGUCCUGCCCAGUGUUUGGGGAAUGAAGAAGGGCAAGGACAAACUGGAUGCCGGUGCUUUGCUGUGGAGAGUGGUGAAAUACUUGAAGCCAGACAAGCUUUACGUGACUGCAGCAUUCUUUUUCCUCAUUUGUGGUGUAAUCUGUGAUACAUUUAUUCCAUAUUACCAAGGGGAAGUAGUUGAUAUGCUGUGUGGUGAGAGCCGUCAAAAUAGCUUCUUUUAUGCAACUGGACAGCUUGCACUUCUCUCAUUCGGAAGCGCACUGUUUUCUGGCUUGAGAGGAAGCUUGUUCAUGUGGACCCUGGCGAGAUUAAACCACAGAAUGAAACAUCUGCUGUAUGGCAGCCUACUUCUGCUGGAUAUAGACUUCUUUGAGGAGAACAAACCUGGAAGCCUUUCCUCCCGCCUGCACUCAGAUGUGGACAGGAUGGGCUGCAUGGUAGCCCUGAAUGCCAACGUGCUGGUUCGAAGCACAGUCAAAACUGCACUUAUGCUGAUACUGAUGUUUGGCCUGUCCUGGGAGCUCACUCUCCUCACCUGCAUAGAGAUGCCACUCUUGUUCCUGCUACAGAAAAAAUACACCAUCUACAGGCAGGAACUGGAAAAUCAAAUGCAAGACCACCAGGCGCACACCAAAGGCGUGGUGACCGAAGUUCUAGGAGGGAUUAAAACAGUACACAGCUUCGAAGGACAGAAGGAGGAAUUGAGGCGGUAUAAUGAUGUGUUGGAGCAGAUGUACAUAGUCAAGAGGCGUAACGGGAUCUACAAGGCCAUCUUCCUCUUAUUAAGAAGGAUGCUGAAUCUGGGGAUACGGAUGCUCAUGCUGAUCCAGGGCCGCAGUCUGCACAAUUCAGGUCAGCUCAGCGUUGGCAAACUCUUGACCUUCAUCUUGUACCAGAAAACCAUGACAGCCAACAUGAAGGAGAUUUUAUACGGUUUUGGAGAGAUGGUGAGCAAAGUCGGCAUCAUCGCCAAGGUGUUUGGCUAUCUGGACAGAAAAUCGAGGUGUAAGGAGGCGGGAGAGUUGGCUCCUAAAAAGCUGGAGGGAAGGAUUACUUUCGAAGAUGUCACCUUCACCUACACCUCAUCCCCACAUAAACCAGCGCUGAAGUCAGUGUCUAUGGAGCUGUGCCCGGGGAAGAUCACAGCGCUGGUUGGUCCCUCUGGCGGUGGAAAGACGACCUGCGUCAGCCUCCUGGAAAGGCUGUAUGAACCACAAGAGGGACAGAUCCUGUUGGACGGACAGCCGCUGCACUCUUACAAACACAAAUACCUGCAUCAGAAGAUGGCCGUGGUAUCACAGAAUCCUGUUCUAUUCUCUGGCUCGGCAAGUUACAAUAUCGCGUACGGCCUAAAGGACUGCACACCGGAGACAAUAAAGGAAGCUGCAAGGAGGGCCAGCGCUGACGGUUUCAUCUCUGUGAUGGAGAAACAGUAUGAUACAGAUAUUGGUGAAUGUGGAGGCAAGCUUGCUGCUGGACAGAGGCAGUGCAUCGCCAUUGCCAGAGCUCUGGUUAGAGAACCACAAAUCAUUAUUCUCGACGAGGCUACCAGCCACCUGGACACUGACUUACAGUAUACCGUGGUGAAAGAAAUUCUGUCGUGUGGCCAGACAGUGGUGGUAGUGGCCCAUCAACUGAAGACUGUGGAGAGGGCCCAUCACAUUAUCUUCAUAGAGAAUGGAGGCAUAGCAGAGCAAGGCACACACCAAGAGCUCAUGGCUAAGAAAGGACGCUACUAUCGGUUGAAAGAGGAGCUCUUCACAUAGUUGAGCCAAUACAUUAUAUUGUCCAGUACAUUAUCCAUCCAUCCGUCCAUUUUCCAAGCCGCUUAUCCUAAUCAGGGUCACGGGGCGCUGGAGCCUAUCCCAGCAGUCAUUGGGCGGAAUACAAUUCAUUAUAUCAUAUUGCAAUUAUUAUUUUAAUGAAAAUGUUUGCAAAUUAUUUUGGGUGUGUUAGGGGUAAGGUGUAGUACACCCAAAGUGAUGUACAGUUAAUGUUUUACUGUACCAUUUUAGAAGAAGAAUGUUGAAUUAAAAUACUACUCAACAUGUAUUAAAACUCCACUGAGAUAUCUGUGAAUGUUCUCAUUCAUCCAGGUCAUGGUUAUCCAAAGGAGUUGAAUCAAGUGCAACUGGACUUGGUAUAUAGCCGUGAAGACGUUUCGCCUCUCAUCCAAGAGGCUUCCUCAGUUCGUGCCUUUCUGACUAUACCAAGCUAGUCUUACUGGCUGGUGAUGAGACUCAGAAUUUAUCCUCUAGGAGUCGUUGUCAGAGCUAUUGAUAUGCGUGGCUCUUUGUGUCCCGAUUUUUAACAACGCCCGUCGCUAACAAAAGCAUAGCUAUGAGUGGCUCUUUUGUGUAUCAAUGUUAUGGCCGCGCCCGUCGUUAUCGGAGCUAUAUCAGUAGCUCCGAUAAGCUCCAAAAACGAUUUUAUUGUUUUAUUGUGUGAAGCACUUUGUGUUACAUUUGUCUGUAUGUGUAUAUAUGUCCGGGUGGCUGUGUGUGGCGGCACGGUGGUGCAGUGGUUAGCGCUGUCGCCUCACAGCAAGAAGGUCGUAGGUUCGAACCCCGGGGUUGUCCAACGUCCUUUCUGUGUGGAGUUUGCAUGCUUUCCCCGUGUCUGUGUAGGUUUUCUCCGGGUGCUCUGGUUUCCUCCAUCAUCAAAAAGACAUGCAUGUUAGGGUUAGUACUCCUGUCUGUGCCACUGACUGAGGCAUGGCAAGACGAACUGGAAUUGGUCCCCGGGUGCUGCGUGGCGGCUGCCCACUGCUACACAGCUAGGAUGGGUUAAAUGCAGAGGAAGAAUUUCCCCAUGGGGAUCAAUAAAGUAAUGCAAGUGUAACGUGCACGGAUAAGAACACACGCUGGCUCGCGGGCCUGACCCUUUAGUCGAGCGGUUAGCGAUGCUUCCUGCGGUACGGGCGAUACGGGUUCGCUUCCCGGCCGCGGCAGCUCCUGUGGUUGCGUUGUCCCCCGGAUUCGCUACAGUAAUAAAUAAAAUAAAGUGUUAU